AUGGCGGAAUUUUACGACGAAGAGAAGGUUGGAAGGCUGCACCCUGACGAAAAGGAUGUCAACGUCGAUGUUGGCAGUGCCCAAGGCUCUACUGAGCUUGUCGAUGAGAAGCCAGUACAGAGCGGUGGCAUUCUCGGUACGCUUUGCGGCUGGGAAGCAACCCUCGAUCGCAAGCUCGGCAUUGAGUCUCAAGCUAUUCGUCGCAAGCUGCCUGAGGAGAAGGUGCCUCAGAAGUGGCACAACCAGGCAGUCAUGGCCCUGUUGUGGAGUGGUGGUAUUAUGAACUUGUCUUGCAUGACGACCGGUUUCCUGGGCCCUACCUGGGGUCUCACACUCGGCCAGAGCAUCGUCAUUACCAUUUUCGGUACCCUUUUGGGCGCCAGUGUUGCUGGUUGGUGUGCUACCCUUGGUCCCGGAACCGGUCUCCGUGCAAUGUCAAUCACUCGUUACAGUUUCGGCUGGUACCCCACCAAACUCAUUGCUGUUCUCAACAUCAUCUCUCAAGCUGGUUGGAGUGCUGUUGGCUGCAUUACUGGUGGUCUUGCUCUUGCUGCUGUUUCUGACGGCAAGGUGUCGUCUGCUCUUGGUUGCGUCAUCAUUGCUCUUGGCAGCAGUAUUAUCAACUUCUGCGGUCUCAAGGCCAUUCUGUACUAUGAGAAGUACGCUUGGCUCGUCUUCUUCAUCGUCUUCAUGAUCAUGUACGGCAUGGCUGCUCCUCACUCUGUCAACGUCUCUGGCACCGAACUCCAUGGUAGCAACCUUGCUGGAAACGUUCUUUCUCUGCUCGCAGUCGUCUAUGGCAGUUCUUGCUCGUGGGCCACCAUUGCUGCCGACUACUACGUUCACUACCCCAUCAACACCUCCAAGGUCAAGGUCUUCACUCUCUGUACCCUUGGUAUUACCAUUCCCACUUGUAUUGGUAUGGUUCUUGGAUGCUGUGUUGGUUCUGCCAUGACAGUCAACAAGGACUGGAGCGACACAUACACCGAUGACGGUCUCGGCUACCUGAUCCAGAAGAUGCUCUUCCCUCGAGGUUUCGCCAAAUUCAUCCUGGUCCUGCUCGUGCUUAGUGCCGUCGGUAUGAAUGCACUCAACCUCUACUCGUGCGCCUUGUCGAUUCAACAGUUCGCUCGUCCUUUGGCAAAGGUUCCCCGUACAUUCUGGGUUCUCGUCGUAUUCGGAGUCGUUACUGCGAUUGCUGUUGCCGGUCGCGAUCACUUGCUUGAGUACCUGGAGAACUUCCUUUCUCUGCUCGGUUAUUGGGGCACCUCCUACUUCGUCAUUGUCUUCCUCGAACACUACUGGUUCCGUAAGGGUGACUUUGCCAACUAUGAUCUCGACGGCUGGAACACCCCCUCAAAAUUGCCUAUCGGUCUUGCUGGUCUUGGUGCUUUCCUUAUUGGCGUCGUCGGUUGGUGUCUUGGCAUGGUUGAGACUUGGUUCACUGGACCCCUUGCCAAACACAUUGGUGAGAGUGGUGGUGAUAUUGCCAAUGAGCUUACCUUUGCCUUCACCCUCCUUGCAUACAUCCCUCUCCGCCAUCUUGAGUACCGCUACUUCAAGAAAUAA